AUGGAGACAGCUGUGCCCUCUUUCAGAGCCGACCCUCAGCACCGCGGCCCUGCUGCUCCCUCUGAGAACGAUCUUCCAGAGCAAGAAGAAGAGAUCUUGGGGUCAGAUGAUGAUGAACAAGAGGAUCCAAAUGAUUACUGUAAAGGAGGUUAUCACCUUGUGAAAAUUGGAGAUCUCUUUAAUGGACGCUACCAUGUGAUUCGGAAGCUCGGAUGGGGCCACUUCUCCACUGUCUGGCUGGCAUGGGACAUCCAAGGGAAGAGAUUUGUGGCGAUGAAAGUGGUGAAGAGUGCGGAGCACUACACAGAAACAGCACUGGAUGAAAUCAAGUUGCUAAAAUCGGUUCGCAACAGUGAUCCAAAUGAUCCAAAUAAAGAGAGAGUUGUUCAGUUAUUAGAUGACUUCAAGAUUUCAGGAGUUAAUGGUUCUCAUAUCUGUAUGGUGUUUGAAGUUUUAGGGCAUCAUCUCCUGAAGUGGAUCAUCAAGUCAAAUUAUCAGGGGCUCCCACUCCCUUGUGUCAAAAAGAUCAUCAAGCAGGUUCUUCAAGGUUUGGAUUACUUGCACACAAAGUGUAGGAUCAUCCAUACAGAUAUUAAACCUGAAAACAUUCUUCUGUGUGUGAAUGACCAGUAUAUCCGCAGACUGGCUGCAGAAGCAACAGAAUGGCAGAGAUCUGGGGCCCCCCCACCGUCUGGCUCUGCAGUGAGUACUGCACCACAGCCAAAACCAGCUGACAAAAUGUCAAAGAAUAAGAAAAAGAAGUUGAAAAAGAAGCAGAAGCGUCAGGCGGAGCUAUUAGAGAAGCGAAUGCAAGAGAUAGAGGAAAUGGAGAAGGAAGCAAGCCCUGGGCAGGCACAUCCUGAGGAGGAGGAAGAAGCUCAGGGCCCUCUGAAAAUGCUCAUAAAAGUUAGUCCACCCAAUGAAAAUGCAGACAAAAAGAAAGCUGAAGUCAUCGUACAUGAACAGUCCGUUCUAAUGGAAAGCAGCAUAGAAAAAUGUGUAGCAGAAAUAAAUUGCAAUGGUGUGAUACGAAUGUCGGACUUCCCAGACUCUGGCAGUCAAGGGUCUGUGCGACUUGAGGAUGACCUUCACAAUGCCAACGACUGCGGCGAUCACCCUCACACACAGGAGAACUUCCAUAGCUGUAAUUACAGCCAACGUAAUGGUGAUGUAGAGAACGGGCCUCGGGCUGCAGUGUCGGACUGUUUCGUGCCCUUAGUUUCAGAAGAUUCCAUGGUGUGUCAGCCUACUUCCAGCGAAGAGCAAUCAUUCAACCAGCAGGAGAUCAGCCAUUUGCAAGAAAGCAUCCGGACAGAGAUGCCAUCAGAGGAUGAGAAUGAGAAUAAUAGCCCAGCAGACAACAAAGGAAAAUCAACUGCUGGGAAUUUCCUUCUUAAUCCUCUUGAGCCCAAGAAUGCAGAUAAGCUUAAGGUGAAGAUAGCUGACCUUGGAAAUGCCUGCUGGGUGCACAAGCACUUCACUGAAGACAUCCAGACCAGACAGUACCGAUCCCUGGAGGUGCUGAUAGGGUCGGGGUACAGCACCCCUGCUGACAUCUGGAGCACGGCUUGUAUGGUGAGUGCUGGCAUCCAGGGGAUUGUAGGCUGCUGCUGUCAAGUGUUCUGGUGAACUUGUGUGCUCUGUGCACUCUGCAGCCUGCUGAAUCACGAGCCAGAUCUAGCAAAA